UAAAGAAGGUAGUAAAGGUUUUAAAAAGGCAAUAGGAAAUAAAGGAUCCGGUAGUACAAUCGAAAGCAAUAAUCAUACUUCGGUAUUCUUCCUGCCGCCGAAGAAGACCUGCGGAUUACGAGGAAUGAAACAGAUAGAUAAAAAAAGAACGGAAACGGAACAGGUCGAUCUUUUCUGUUAAGGGACUAGCGGUGGUGUCAGACUGCAGGGGUUUCACGUCUCCGCCGGUGAUGUCAGCGAGAGUCGCCCCCGAAUUCCUUAUUGAAGUGGCUCAACAGUGCCUCGGUUCCGGUACGAGAAAGAAACAGCGUUUACGUCCCUCUGCAUGCCUCAGCCUCGCUGCGCAGGUCCUGGCGGUGGACGUUGGGUUGAGACCCUCUUUCCUUUACGAUGCCAACACAGCGGGACCCGAGCAGCUUCGACUUUACCUGCGCAAGCUGCGCGAAGCUGGGUUUUUAAGCCACGUGUUGAACGUCCUGGCGGUCGAUGGGAACGUUGUGAUUGUCAAUGAAGACCUGACAGUCCUGCACAUGGAGGAGCUGCUAUUGAAAAACACCGUCGCUGUCAUAGAUGUGUCCCAGUCCCGGGCCCAGCCUGCCUUAGCUGGUCCCGAAAGCAGGGUGAGGGAGUUAACACAGACGGUGGUAGAUGAUUUCAAACUGGGCACGCUGGUCGAAUGGGCACGUUCCCCGUGGAACUUCUGCACCCUUUUCGGAGUCCUUCUGGGCUUCCCGGCCACCUACUGGUUCGACCAAGAGAGAAGCUUUGAGAACUGCCUGAGUAUGACCCCGCUGCGGGUCACCACGGUCUGUGCUCGGUGCCGAGCGAUAGCCAAGGACUUCAGAGUCCAGCUCUGCUCCUUCAGCAUCCCGGAAAUCCUUACGUCAGCCACUCGGGCCGAGAUGGACAACUGGACUGGCAAGAUGCUGGACCGGUUCAGCCGGCAGGCUGCUUUUACAGACCUCCAUAUCUCUAGCAAGACAGUCAGCUUGCCAUCAGUCACACUCUAGGAAAGAGCACGCUGUGUAAUCACGCAGUGGGGGGCCAGCUUAGGUCUCAGAGAGCUGCAGAGUCUUGAAGGUUUUUGGGUAAUACAGGCCCCUAAUCGACCGAUGAAAGGACUUGAUUAGUGGCAUAUUUUCCCGAGUCCUGUUGCACUAAGCUGCACACCAGGUGAUAAUAUAAUCAAAACUGCCUCUUACUCAGCUCAAGGAUUAAACCUGUCCCGGGAUGUGCUUCACUACAGGAGCAAAUAGCAGUCAAACCUUGCGUGUGCAAACAGUUACUGAGCCAAAUUGCCAAAAACUAUUGUUUGCUCUAGGCGUUUAGCAACUGAUUUAUGGGCUUUUGUAUAAUUGAAUGAUUCAUUUCCUGGGAUGUAUGGGGGCGCACACCUUUUGUUGGUAAAUUGUCUUCUUAAGUGUUUAAGUGUCUGAAGUAUCCUAGCCUUUUGGUUUCAUUGAGUUUCAUAUCAACAGGUGAUUUAGAUCUCUUUACUUAAAUAGAAGCAUUCAGUCUUUGCAGAAUGGUCACAGUAGUCCAGCUCAGCUUUAAUUGAUCCAAUUUAACCCUCUUCCCAAAGUCUUGUGAGGUUGAUCUGGAGAGAACUAAAAAAAUGUGCUGGACUACUGUCACUGCGGACCGGACUUGUUGGUUACACACCUUCCAGCCCUGUGUGGCACAAAUCCACACCAAGGUGCUCUGUGGGGUUGAAAGCUGAUUGUCACUCAUGAAUUCCUGUAAGGAAAAAGGGUUAAUGUGCGACUAUGUUUGUAGCAAUAAAGUUUGCUGGGCUACAGAAGGAGUGCAUGGUCAAGCUCAAAACGCUGAGCCCAUCAAAAAAGCAAGGGA